AUGAUCAGAAAAUCUUACUUCCUGCUAUUACUCCUUCAAGCUGGACUUGCACAAGAGUGGCAAGUCCACACUCCACGUGAGGUGACGGCACAGGAAGGUACCUGUGCGCAUAUUCCAUGCCGCUACAGUUAUCCUUCCAAUCUAGCAAGCCAACCGCGAACCGGAAUCUGGUUGAAUAACGAGGAUUGGGAAACAUCGAAAACAGCCUUUCACUCCCAGGAUCAUAGCCGCGAGUUGGGACGGUUCUACCUUCGGACCCAGCUGUCUGGAAACCUGAAAAAUGGAGACUGUUCCUUGAUUAUAAACCGCAUCACACAGGAAGACGCAGGACCUUAUUAUUUCAGAGUAGAAUUUGACAACGUGAACAGUUACAGCUACUAUCCUGUGACCCAGCUUCAUGUUUCUGAUUUCACGGAUAAACCCACAAUAGUCCCUGUGGAAAUUAUCGCAGGAAAGCGUGUGAGCCUCAGAUGCACCUUCAACACAACGUGCACUGGAACCGCUCCUGCCUUAACCUGGGACACUCCCACUGCCGUACAUGGAUCAGUCUCAAACACUGCAACUCAGCAUGGUGCCACUCUGACCUAUACUUCUGUUCUGGCCCUGACACCAUCACUCAGAGACCAGGGGCAAACUCUCACUUGCAGAGUGAGUUAUCCAACUGUUUCUUCAGAGCAGACCCUCGUACUCACAGUGCAAUAUGCGCCACGGAAUCUCUCAAUUUCUUCCCUUGCUGUGGUUAAAGAUUCAUCGAUCAAUAUAAUUGAGGGGAAUUCUGCAGUGAUAAUCUGCUCCGUCGAGAGCUUCCCAGCUUCUAACUUGAUCUGGAGACAUCUUAAUGCCACAAUGAACAGGACAAGUUCCGACAAUGAGCUGUGGUUGCAGAUUCCUCACGUUACAUACAGGGAGACUGGAGACUAUCAGUGUGUGGCGGAGAAUGAACGUGGGGCAGUGAAGGGCUCCAUAACCAUCAAUGUGGAAUAUGCGCCACGGAAUCUCUCAAUUUCUUCCCUUGCUGUGGUUAAAGAUUCAUCGAUCAACAUAAUUGAGGGAAAUUCUGCAGUGAUAAUCUGCUCCGUCGAGAGCUUCCCAGCUUCUAACCUGAUCUGGAGACAUCUUAAUGCCACAAUGAACAGGACAAGUUCCGACAAUGAGCUGUGGUUGCAGAUUCCUCACGUUACAUACAGGGAGACUGGAGACUAUCAGUGUGUGGCGGAGAAUGAACAUGGGGCAGUGAAGGGCUCCAUAACCACCAAUGUGGAAUGUGAGUGUACACAGACUUCAACAUUAAGGGGUGGCAUGGUGGCUCAAUGGUUGGAACUGCAGCCUCAUACCACCAGCGACCCUGAUUUGAUUCCACAUUUGGCAGCCAUCUGUGUCAAGUUUGCACGUUUGCCCCGUGUCCGCAUGGAUGCGCCACGGAAUCUCACAAUUUCUUCCCUUGCUGCGAUUAAAGAUUCAUCGAUCCAUAUAAUUGAGGGGAAUUCUGCACUGAUAAUCUGCUCCAUCGAGAGCUUCCCAGCUUCUAACCUGAUCUGGAGACAUCUUAAUGACACAUUGAACGGGACAAGUUCCGACAAUGAGCUGUGGUUGCAGAUUCCUCACGUUACAUACAGGGAGACUGGAGACUAUCAGUGUGUGGCGGAGAAUGAACAUGGGGCAGUGAAGGGCUCCAUAACCAUCAAUGUGGAAUUUGCGCCACGGAAUCUCUCAAUUUCUUCCCAUGCUGCGAUUAAAGAUUCAUCGAUCAAUAUAAUUGAGGGGAAUUCUGCAGUGAUAAUCUGCUCCAUCGAGAGCUUCCCAGCUUCUAACCUGAUAUGGAGACAUCUUAAUGCCACAAUGAACAGGACAAGUUCCGACAAUGAGCUGUGGUUGCAGAUUCGUCACGUUACAUACAGGGAGACUGGAGACUAUCAGUGUGUGGCGGAGAAUGAACAUGGGGCAGUGAAGGCCUCCAUAACCAUCAAUGUGGAAUCAAUUGGACUAUUCAGGGAACAUGAAUUCCAGGGAUUACACCAUUCAGUCCUCCCGACAGAUAAAGAUGCGCCACGGAAUCUCUCAAUUUCUUCCCUUGCUGCAAAUAAAGACUCAUUGAUCAAUAUAAUUGAGGGGAAUUCUGCAGUGAUAAUCUGCUCCGUUGAGAGCUUCCCAGCUUCUAACCUGAUCUGGAGACAUCUUAAUGCCACAAUGAACAGGACAAGUUCUGACAAUGAGCUGUGGUUGCAGAUUCCUCACUUUACAUACAGGGAGACUGGAGACUAUCAGUGUGUGGCGGAGAAUGAAUAUGGGGCAGUGAAGGGCUCCAUAACCAUCAAUGUGGAAUAUUCACCACGGAAUCUCUCAAUUUCUUCCCUUGCUGUGAUUAAAGAUUCAUCGAUCAAUAUAUUUGAGGGGAAUCCUGCAGAGAUAAUCUGCUCUGUCGAGAGCUUCCCAGCUUCUCACCUGAUCUGGAGACAUCUUAAUGACACAUUGAACAGAACAAGUUCCAACAAUGAGCUGUGGUUGCAGAUUCCUCACAUUACAUACAGAGAGAAUGGAGACUAUCAGUGUGUGGCAGAGAAUGAACAUGGGGCAUUGGAGAGCUCCAUAACCAUCAAUGUGGAAUGUAUUGGAGUUUCCUCCCACUUGCCAAGAUGUGCAAGUUCGGUGGAUUGGCUUUGGCAGGUUUUCCCGAAGUGUCCUGGGAUGAGUCUGCAUAUUGCUUUAUACUCCAGUGGCAGGAUUUCAAGCUCUUCUUGGACAAUGUGGCCAAUGAACUCUUUCUUUCUCCACAAAUGCUGCUUGAUCCAUCAAGAAUUUCAAGAUGCACCACGGAAUCUCUCAAUUACAUCCCGUGCUGUAAUUCAAGAUUUAUCAAUCAAUAUAAUUGAGGGGAAUUCUGCAGUGAUAACCUGCUCUGUCGAAAGCUUCCCAGCUUCUAACCUGACGUGGAGAUAUCUUAAUGUCGUGAUGAACAGAACAAGUUUCAACAAUGAGCUGUGGUUGGAGAUUCCUCACGCUACAUACAGGGAGACUGGAGAGUAUCAGUGUGUAGCAGAGAAUGAACAUGGAGCCGUGGAGGGCUCUAUAACCAUCAUGGUGGAACACCCACCGCGGAAUCUUGCAAUUACUUAUCUCACUGUGAUUGAAGAUUCAUCCAUCAAUAUAACUGAGGGGAAUUCCCCUAUGAUAAUGUGCUCUGUCGAGAGUUUCCCAGCUUCUAAACUGACAUGGAGACAUCUUAAUGUCACAAUGAACAGGACAAGUUCCAACAACGAGCUGUGGUUGGAGAUUCCUCACAUUACAUCCAAGGAUACUGGAGACUAUCAGUGUGUGGCAGAGAAUGAACAUGGAUCAAUGGAGAGUUCCAUAAUCAUCACUGUGCAAUAUCCCCCAUGGGAGACCACAGUGUCCACCAGUGGAGCCUCAGGUGGGAUCAGAGAGGGAAACAACGUCACAUUAACCUGCUCCAGUGAAAGUGUCCCGUCGAUAUCUCAUUACACCUGGUUCAGGAUCGAGGGAAAUGCCAGCACCCAAUUAAACACAAACAGCCAGAUUCUCUCCUUCACUCCAGUAACACGGGGGGAUGAUGCAGGUUUCUAUUGCACAGCAACAAACCCAUUGGGUAACAGCAGCUCUAACACAACCCACCUGAAUGUGGAAUAUGAUCCAGAGAUUUCCUGGGAGUCGGAAUGUACUCGGAGGUCAGAGGGGAUCACCUGCGUCUGUGUGGCCAACUCCAAUCCUCCUGGCGACCUCACCUGGCAUCUGCCCCAUGCCAACCUCAGUGGUAACCAAACAUGGGGAGGUUUUGUGUCACUGCAGCUCAGAGCGGGGCAUCAGGUGAUGGGUUUCCUGAUCCUGACGGGACACCAGGAUGAACAGGAAGUGAUGGGAUCAUGCUUGGUUCGAAACCCGUAUGGCGCAGCCACGUUCAAUGUGCAACUUAGGGUCAAAGGUAGAGACUCCAAUAAAUGGACAGUAGGACUGGUCAUAACUGCAAUUGUGUUCAGCAUUUUCCUGGCUGUAAUCGUAAUCUUACUGAGCGUGAACAAGAGAAAGAGAGCAAUUGAGCAGACUGCUUCAAAGACCAGUGACAUUGCACUGACCUCCAGUCAACUCUCUGUGAAGCACCAGGGUUCUCAGAACAUGGAGGUUAUUGACCCUCAGAAUACAACCAGAGACAUAACAAGAGAGGAGGACACACCAGCUCCCCAGGAUGACUUUGAGAGUUCGGUGGAAAAGGAGACGCUGGAAACGGGGACCCCAGGAGAACUAAAGACCUCCUCUACACCAGCAUCAAUUUCUCAAAGCUGCCCAGCAGAGGCAGCGCUGAGCACAGGGGCAAGGACACAGAAUACGCAGAGAUCAGAUUCCAGCCAAAGUGAGAAAGUCAGAGAAGGGUCUGAGUAGCCAAUAUGGUUGAAUAAUAACAAUGAAGAGAAAACAACAUUGCUCAACUUUGUUGUUAGUUCUGAACAUGCUUUCCAAUUGCUGCAGCUUUCUCAUGGCCCUACAGGUUGCACAAAGCUCAUGAAUAAUUUUACAUACAUUAGUACAAGCAGUUGUAAUGAAGCUUCAAAAUGCUAUCAUUAUUUGGGAACUUUGGUUCCAAAAUGGAGGAAUGAUGCAGGUUUAUU